AUGGCUGCCUCAAAUCCCCCGGCGGUGGAAGCCGGCGCGGAAGCCGGCGCAGAAGCCAAGCCGAACCAGGAGCCUGCCGCACCAUCAUCACCAGAUCACGUAGAGGAGAAGAACAGGGCCGCAGAGACCUCGACGCAAACCCCGAUUCCGACAACAACGAACACAACUGCUACUACGAAAACAGCCCCCUCAGACAAGGCCCUCGAGGCAGGUGUGGCGGCCGACGACGAGAAGACCGCGCCGCAGGGCAGCACGUCGACGUCGAAGGCGCGCGAAGCCGAGAUCGCCGCAUCGGCAGCAGCACUGUCAGGGGCAGAGAAAAAGGAGACCGGGGCCUCGCCACGGCCGAGCGUCCAGACAGACCUCGACGACGAUGUGUACCAGGCGGACUUCCAGGGCGAGGUCGUGACCAACGACGAGCUGCCCUCGGCGGAGACGAUCCGCAGGAUCGAGAACUACAUCGUGCUGGACAGGCACGGCAAGACCCACACCUUUAGGAGCUUGUACACGGGGAGGAGCGUUGCGAGGAGGGUGCUGGUUAUAUUCGUGCGGCACUUUUUCUGCGGUAAUUGCCAGGAGUACCUCCGCAGCCUCUCGGCGUCGAUCACGGCCGAGUCGCUGCUGCAGCUGCCGAUCCCGACCUUUAUCGCCGUGGUGGGCUGCGGCGACCCGGCGCUGAUCGACAUGUACGCCUCCGAGACGGCGUGCCCGUUCCCCAUCUACGCGGACCCGACGCGCAAGCUGUACCAGGAGCUGGGCAUGGUCAAGACGCUGGCGCUGGGCGCGCGGCCCGCCUACAUGAACAAGAGCAUCCUCAAGUCGUCGCUGGACAGCAUCGUCCAGGGCGUCAAGCAGAUCAAGAACGGGCUGGUGCUCAAGGCCGGCGACCAGCGCCAGAUCGGUGGCGAGUUCCUGUUCGAGCCGGUCGAUAUCAAGAGCCCCGAGGUCGAGAGCCCGUCGCACGAGUUCGACCGGAAGCUGAAGGUGGACGACAAGAAGAGCGGCGGGGGCGGCAACAAGGAGGGGGCGGCAAAGACUGACGAGGAGCGCCUCUCAGAUGCGGCGAAGAGGAGCCGGGCGACGAGCGUGGUGACAGAUAAUGAUAAUGACGAGGAGGAGGAGCCCAGCCUGGUCGAGGAGAAGAAGGUGACGUGGUGCCACCGGAUGAGGACGACGAGGGACCACGCCGAGAUCCCCGAGCUGAUGGAGGUGCUGGGCCUGACCGGGCACGGGAAGCCCAUCAAGGACCAGAGGAGGUGGUCCAAGGCCCUAGAGUCGAGAAAGGGCACGGGGCUGAGCCUGGCGAAUCGGAUGAGCCGGAUGAGCCAGCACAAGGUUGACGAUGGGAUAUAA